GUAUUUGAUUAUAUUUAUAUAAAGCCGGGUGUGUAAAAAUGGUGAAGGCUUGCGAUUAUCCUGGUUGUGCCAACAAAGAUGAUGGUAAAUCGACUCUCAGUUUUCAUCGUUUUCCUCUGACGGACGUUGCGGUCAGGCAACUUUGGCUACUCGCUGUGGGAUUCCAUGUUGACACCAGACUGGCAAAAAUUAAAAAGCUCCGAGUUUGCAGUGCUCACUUCAGCGAGGACGACUAUGCGUCUUCAUGCCCAAGACAUACGAAGAAAAGGAUUUUGAAGAGCUCUGCUGUUCCUGCAACACUGGCAUGUGCUCCUGUUGCAAUGGCUGAAACGGCACAAUCUGAGGCCGCAACCUCUGAAGAAGAGCCAGCUCUUCAGUCAACCCCCCUGAAGUCCAGAUUGGACAAGCAACAGUUCCAGAUGAUGCUCACCAGCCCAGCUGAUGCUGGUCCAAGCAAAAAGCCAUCGACUUCAGGAACAUACAUAGCCCUACCUCCUACCGGGAGACUGUCACAGUCAGAAAACCCUAGCUCAGAUGUUGCACCUGAGACCCUGGAUACCACCAUGACAUCCAUAGAGACACCUGUGGACAGAGAUGACAGCACAUUCCUUCCAUUGAGCAGUGAUGACACAUCUACAAGAUCAUCUUCCUCAGACAACAUUGCGGGAGCAGAAAGGAGAGGCGACUGGUCUGAGAGGAAAUGGAUUGUGAACGAGUCAUGCCUAAUGGAACUGUUUACAACUUGUCACACAUGCGGGAUAUCCAUUUGUGAGAAGAAGAUCACCAGCCGUGGAUCAAAAAUUACAAUAGAAUGGACAUGCAUCAAUCACCAUACGGGAGUGUGGCAGUCCUGUCCUGAUGUCCGUGGAAUACGUGAGAACAAGGCUGAUCUUCUAAACUUACAACUGCCAAAGAAAAGAUCAUACUAUUCACUGCAGUCCACCUAUAUGAUACCUGUUAUUCAAGAAGCCUACACCGAGAUGCAAGAGGAGAUUUUGCCAGAACUCAGGGAAACUGAAGCUGCUGGUGGACACACAGAUAUCUGUGGUGAUGCAAGAUCUGAUUCCCCGGGUUACAGUGCCAAGUACACCUGUUACAGCUUUAUGGAAGAUGCAACAAAGAAAGUCAUCAUGUCAGAUCUAAUUCAGGUAACUGAGGCUACCAGUUCAACAGCAAUGGAGCCUGUUGGUUUCCGGAGGGGCCUGGAUCGUCUGCUGGACUCCGGCGUUGGUGUUUACGUGGUUACUACUGACCGGGCUCCAUCAAUACGGAAGAUCAUGAGGGAGUCCUAUCCUGAGCUUAGGCAUCAAUUUGACCCAUGGCAUGUUGCAAAAGGUAUAAAGAAGAAGGCAACUGCAUUGGCAAGGAAGAAAGAAAACCGGGACCUGCAGCCAUGGAUCAAGUCUCUGGCAAUCACUUUUGGUGGUCGUGCAGUUCUUGUGGUGGCGAUGAGAAGGUGA